GUCCCUACAAUUGUGAACACAAUACGAUAUCUGAUAAGAAGAAAUAGAGACAUCCACAAAGUAUGGCGAGUGUAAAGGUCCUUGAGUUUUUUAAAGCUUCCAAUAAAAGGCUUAAUAUUAAUCUUUUAAAUGCUAUGGUAAGAAAUGUACACGAUGUAACUUCAAAAUCUUCUAAGAAAAUCACUCAUACUGGACAGCUAUUCGAUGAAGAUGACUAUCGUAACGUACGAUUUAUAGACAGACCAAAAGAAGUUAACGAUAAUUGGGCUAUUAAACUGAUAGAAGAAGUUCCUCCUACAUCUGCAAAAGAAAAAAUUGUGGCUUGUGAUGGAGGUGGUGGGCCUCUAGGACACCCAAAAGUUUACAUCAAUCUGGACAAACCUGGUAAUCAUACUUGUGGAUAUUGUGGUUUACGCUUUUACAAGGAACAUCAUUAAGUGACAAAGUGAAUGAAUGUAAAUAGUCAAACUGUAAACUAUGCAAGUAAUUUAAAAGAUAUUUGUUGGAAUAAAUGUUAGGUAUAUGA